CAACAUUACCGUCAGACUCCAACGUGUGCGAAAGUGCUUGUUUCAGGAGCAUCCCGGUGAGUUAGCCCGUGGACGGGCCAUCAUGGAAACACUCGAGGUCUUGGCAUCCAUUACUAGGCUGAGCGAUCGCGUAGUGAGAGUGUUGGGCCAGAACCCAGGAAAAUUCACACUUCAAGGGACAAACACUUAUCUUAUCGGCGAGCGUAACCCUUACACGCUCAUCGACACCGGUGAAGGCAAGGACGCCUACAUCCCUCAGCUCGAAUCCGCUCUCUCCGAUACCUGCAAGCUCACAAACCCAAAUGAACCCCACAUAUCCGAUAUCAUCAUCUCUCACUGGCACCAGGACCACACAGGCGGGCUCAACUCCGUCCUUUCGCUCUUGCGGAGAAUGUGGGACGAGCGGAACACACCGGCGCAGUUCAAGCCGCCCCGUAUUCAUAAAUUCCCUUUUGUGAAUGCACCGUCUAACUCUAACGCAAUUAUCGCGCCGCCACCGCCGGGCACAUAUACCCCCACCGCCAACGGUGCUUUCCUGCACGAUCUUGUACAUGGCCAGCUUCUCCAUAUAACUGGCUCGACCAUGCCCAUGCGAGUCAUACACGCUCCAGGACACACCACCGACUCCAUCUGCCUCUACGUACCCGACGACCGCGCCCUCUAUACAGCUGAUACCGUCCUAGGCCAGGGAACAGCGGUAUUCGAGGACCUAGGAACAUACAUCUCUUCCGUGCGCGGGCUUCUUACAUUUCAAUCUGAUUAUACUGUGUUGUACCCUGGGCAUGGCCCCGUCGUCGCCGAGGGCCCUAAGCUCAUUAGCACAUACAUCGCGCAUCGUAUGGAAAGAGAGGCGCAGAUUGUCGGCGUCAUCGAGAAACCUAGCCCUGACGGGCAGCCUUGGUCUACGUGGGGAAUUGUGUCCACGAUAUAUUCUGCGUACCCGCAGAAUCUAUGGGAACCCGCUGCACGAAGCGUGAAUCAGCAUCUUGAGAAACUUCAAGCUGAGGGCAAGGUGAAGAAGGUUGAGGGCGAGGGCAAGGACAUCAAGUGGGAGCUGCUGGCGAAGCUAUGAAAGGCGGCAAAGGGCCCGAUUUCAGUUCACAUACUAUCAAAGCAACAGGAAAAAUUUAGCGUGAAGUAGAUCCUGCAUUCAAUGUAAUAUACAAG